AUGGCCGUUGAGACCCAGGACGCCAUCUUCUCCCUGACCCCCCCGCCCAGCGAAUUCGACGAAUUCGACAAAAGCGCCUUGCUGACCUGCUCACCUUCCCUCCCCGGCCUCUGCUACCCUUCGCCGGCUCCUUCGAGUCGAGGGCAUAAUCCGUCCGUGUCAUCAGAGUCUAUAUACAUGCUUCCAGGCAUGUCAAUGUCCGAUCCCCAAGGUCACGAUCUACAUCAGAUAUCUUUCGACGACACCUCGUCAGAUUCUGCCUCUUUUUUUCCUGUACCGCCCGUCACCGAUCCAGCGCUGACAGCCGACUUCAAUACUUCCACCACCUCUGCUCCCUCAUCCUCUCUUUCCCCCAACGCCUACGCCAUGUAUGAACAGAAUCAGUGGUAUCCUUACUCCAACUAUCCCCAGCCCACCCCGCUACUGCCCUAUGACCCGACCUCGUCGUCACACUUCUCUGCCUUCAGUCACCACCACCACCAUCCCUCAGCCCAUGUCAUCCCUCCCACACCUCAGGACAUUCAACCUUCUACACACUUCGACUUCUCCCAGGCUCCCACCUCGGGCAUUCCGUCGACCCAUCACCUAGCGGCCUCACCCGUCUUCUCUCAAGUCUCUCACCCUAGCUCUCAGAGUCACCGGGGUAGCGUCUCGUCGAUGUCACGGUCAUGUAGUCCCAUCUCGUCGAUGAGCCGAGGAGGUCACUCCGACUCGCUUCGCCCAGCUCUGCGGUCAAACUCGACCUCAUCCAACACCUCUCUUCACGCCUAUGGAAUCCCCGUGACUGAACCAACCCCGUUAAUGGUGACGUCUCUCCACCCCUCGUCGCCGUCCGGUGGCGUGGCUCAAUCCUGGCGCUGCGCUUACCCCGGCUGUACGUCGCGUGCCACAUUCACUCGAGGCUGCGAUCUACGGAAACACUACAACCGGCACAGCAAGCAUCUCUUCUGCCGCGUGGAUGGCUGCCCACAGAGCGAGGCUGCCGCCGCCGCACGCGCCAAGUCGGCCGACCAGCCCCUCACCGGCGGCUUUUCCAGCAAGAAGGACCGCGCCCGCCACGAGGCCAAGCACAACCCGGGCAUCAAGUGCGAGUGGCGCGGGCCCGAAGGCGAGGAAUGCGGUCGGGUCUUUUCCCGGAUGGACAACAUGAAGGACCACGUCCGACGAAUCCACAACAAAGGCCAACAACAACAGCACAACGGCGGUCAAGGAUCAAGUCGCAAGUGA